AGCUGCUUGUUCACAUGGAUUCAGUCUGUGAGUUGGACGAUAUGUCGCGUACGGGACGCUUUUAAAGAGAGUUUUGUGUGACGAUAUGGGAUUAUUCGUAAAACUUGCAAAUUGACAAUUGUAUCAUAAAUAGGCCAGAGUGAUAGCUACGGUGUUUUAAUCUACUUAACAGAACAUGCAAGUCAUGGAACCCAUUACGAAGUGGUCUCCGACUCAAGUUGUCGAUUGGAUGAAAGGGCUGGAUGACAAUCUUCAGCAGUACGUCCACAGCUUUGAGCAGGAGAAGAUAAACGGCGAGCAGCUGCUGAAGAUCUCGCACCCUGACCUGGAGGAGCUGGGCGUCACCAGGAUAGGCCACCAGGAGCUGGUGCUGGAAGCCGUGGACCUGCUGUGCGCUCUGAACUACGGAGUGGAGACGGACAACUUGAAGAACCUGGUCGCACGGAUGCGGUCGUCUUCCAAGAACCUCCACAACUGCGCGUGGGAACGCAGGAAGAACCCCUCCUACGAGGGAGUGGCCUCAGGCAAGCCACCCAAUGAGUUCCUCACCUCUGUGGUGGAGCUGAUUGGAGCAGCCAAGAGCCUGCUGGCCUGGUUGGACAGAACUCCCCUGACUGGAAUUAGCGACUUCACCGCUACCAAGAACAAAAUCAUUCAGCUGUGUCUGGAACUGACAACCACAGUUCAGCAGGAUUGUACUGUGUACGAAAUGGAAGAAAAGAUCCUGGAAGUGUCGAAGGUUUUGAGCAGCAUCUGUGACCAGACUGUGAGGACCACCUCUGACCCCAUGAUGAGCCACCCGGCCUGCCUGGAGGAGGUGAAGAUCCAGGACGUCAAAGCCGGAGAAGGACUGGGCAUGUAUAUAAAAUCCACUUACGACGGGCUACACAUCAUCACCGGCACUACAGAACAUUCUCCAGCAGACAGGACUCACAAGAUCCACGCCGGGGACGAAGUCAUUCAGGUCAACAAGCAGACAGUGGUGGGCUGGCAGCUGAAGAACCUGGUGGGGAAGCUGAGGGAAGACCCUUUGGGCGUGGUGCUGAUCCUGAAGAAGAGGCCCACCGGCACCUCCAGCUUUGCCCCCGCCCCCCUGAAAAACAUGCGCUGGAAGCCCCCCCAGAGCACCCCCUGUCUGCCCAAAGCCCAGUCUCCGGAAAGCUCGACGGACUCUUGCUCCAAGAAGGAGAAGCCUGCCAUCCUGGACCUGUACAUCCCGCCUCCCCCCGCCAUGCCCUACAUGCCCAGAGACGGAAAGGCCAGCUUGUGCUCGGGCGCCAGCAGGAGGCCGAAAGGCUCGGAGUCGCCCAACUCCUUCCUGGACCUGGAGAACCGGCGGCGCUUCACCAUCGCCGACUACGAGAACAAGCUGGCCGUCCACCCCAUCGAGGUCAACGUGCUGCAGCCGCGCCUGAGGGACCAGACCUCCUCCCGUGGUAAGCCCCGCCCCCUGUCCAUGCCAGCGGAUACCUGUAUAACCGUCACAGACCCAUUUUCCAGGCCCUGGUCGCAAGGAAGGAAAGGAGAGGACGGCCUGCACAGGUACCUGAGCAGCGAGCGCAUUCCCGCCAUCGCCGAGGAAGCCCCGCCCUUGCAGCCCCCUUACAGGCCGGCGUCGCGGGGGGUGGACCACAUCCGGGGCAGCCGCUGCCUCGUCGACCUGCACAACAGCGCCACCAUCCCCUACCAGGAGGACUCCGCCAAAAAGAACCCCCCCGCCCCGGCCCCGGCCCCCAAACCGCAGGCCACGGAGUCCUCGCUUACAACGUAUGACUGGCAUGAAUGUUCCAUUUCACGUUUAUGUGAGAGCCUGUUAAAAAGCUGGAAAUUCACCACCGCAGCUGCUUUCCCUGUUCUGCUAGCACAUCCCUUGGCAGCUAGUGACUAUCACUCUGUGUGCUUUCGUCAGAAGUCCAGGAAGAAACCCCGAGGUAAGACGAGCCUCUGUUUGGCAGGCAAUGUGAGGAUGAGCCGGAGGCGGGUCUCUGUGAAGGAACUGGGGCAGGUGGACUACGAGGGCUGGCUCUACAGGAAGAAGGAGGGCAAAGCUUUCCUCGGGAUCAAAUGGAAGAAGUACUGGUUUGUGCUUAAGAGGGCGUCUCUCUACUGGUACGCCGGUCAAAUGGCUGAGAAAGCAGAAGGGUACAUAAACCUUGCAGAGUUCACAAUUGAGCAGGCUGUGGAGUGCAAGAGGAAGUACGCGAUGAAGGCCUGCCACCCUCAGAUCAUGACGUUCUACUUUGCGGCAGAGAACACCGCGGAGAUGAGCAGGUGGCUGAAUAAACUUAAGAUAAUUUCGACACAGAACGAGCCAUUAGAAAGAAGCUCUGGAGAGUGUUACAGUGAAGCCAGUGAUAAUGAGGAGGCUGAGCUGACAGACGCAAUCUCUUCUUCAAAUGCGGAACAGAACACACCCUCGGUGAGUCCCCAACCGCCUUCCUCUUCGCCUUCCCACAAUGAGACUGGAGACCCCGGUCCGUCCCCUGUAAAUGACGGCAUGACAUCACAGAACUCCUUGGCCAAUCACAGCCAGUCCUGGCUGGAAAUCUCCAUAAACACCUCCCCUGAGAAUUCGGAGAGCUCUUCUCAAGAUGCCAAGAAUCAAGAAGUCACUUCUGACGAAAUGGAACAACUGUACAUACAUCUAAAGCAAGCGAGCCUGUCUCCGACUGGGGAACACAAGCCUUCCACCAAAAAGGAUUUCAGAAGUUCUUUUAUUAAACGUUGUAAAAACCACACCAUUAAUGAGAAGUUACACCUCGUAAGGACUUUGAACAGCACUCUGAAGGCUAAGGAGGCAGACCUGUUGACCAUUGAGCAGCUGCUGGCUGAUCCCGGCCUGAACGCGCUCAGAUACAGGCAGUGGAAGGAGGCCAACGUGCUGCUGCUUCAAGAGAUCUGCCAUGGGCUCUGUGGGGAAGACGGGGAGCAGCCUGCCGCAGCUGGCCCCACAAUCCUCUACACCGAGACCAGCGUUUGAACAGUGCUGCUUUGGGGCAUGGCGACGGGACGUUUACCCAUAAAACCCCUGCCAGAUAUGAUAUCCCCCCCUCAAAAGCUUCAGCGUCCAUAAUGUGACCAUAGUUUCCCUGCUCAAGUUAAGGAUGUUGGCUGUCUGCCUAAUACCCAGCUGAAAAGGACAUCCUAUUUGGAGCUGUUUCACACACUGAUUUUAACUUUUUUCUUAACAUGGCUUUUUGCCUUAUGCCAGGUAGGUUUACAGGACUGAACACUUAAUUGGACAGAUAUUUUUAUUACAACAAAUGGAACUGGAGUGGAUGAAGUUGCAGGAGUGAUGGUGUCUUUUUUCAUCUUCUGCUUUGAAGAAAAUGCUUUUUGUCAUUUGAUGGUUUUUUCCCCAUGUUGGUUCAUCAUGCACCUUCACACUGGUAGUGUAUUAUUUUGUCCUUGUGCUUUUGUUUUUUGUUUUUAAAAAAUGGGAAUUCACAGUUCCAAAAUUCACUCUCCCACACACGUAUGCACUUGUCAUUAAAUAUCGCACUACUGACUCCUUUCUUUAAAAUUUAAAGUUUGCCUAAAUAAGAAUAUCUUUACUGUGUAAAAAGCAGUGCUCUUGCCUCUCAAACUAAAUGGACCUCCCUUCUUUUUGACUUGUAUAUGAAUUCAGUUGAAUAUAAUACAAAAAUAUUGAUCGAUGAA